AUGACCAGCCUGUCGUUGGUACUGCUGUUUGCUGUUGCCCACGCUCUCGUGUGCCAGGCGUCACCGGCCUACGAGAUUCUGGAAGCCGAUGACGAGGAGGGUGUGAGUGAGGGUCUGAAACUGGAAGCACCAGAAGAGCAGGAGGCGGUGCAAGAGCAGGGGGAGGAGGAGGAGAAGAGGUCAAGCGAAUUGAAGGCAGAUGCUGAGGAGCUGGAGACUGGGUUGGUUGAAGGUGCUCUGACACCUGCGCGCAGUAGACGCGGCAUAAUAUGCGUUCGUGUUUGUUCUCGUAGAAUUUGCAGAGUUGCCUGUAGACGUGUUUAACCGCGCGCACACACACACACUUACAAUAAAGAUCCUAUUUUGAUAAAUGAGCCAUUUAUUCUUGCUGUGUGCGAAGAUGCUCGGGCAGUUCGGAGGGGCAUACUUGAUGCAUACUUGCAUGGAGCAUCAUCUUCCCAUAUGAGCUCCGGUGAAAGGUUAGUAAAGAAGACGAAGGAGAGAGGAAUUACUCCGUGUGAUUUUGUAGACGUACUUAAAAUUAUCCAUAAGGCUGUUAUCAUUUGUGUUACUUUAUUUUAGCUUGAAUCUGGAUGCCCUAUCGUUGGAGGACGAGGAGACAUUUGGUGUCAAGUUUAAUGAUGCAUCGAAUGACCUUGAAGCAGCACUUGAUCGGCCACAGACAUCGCCACACUGGCAAGUCUGUUUGGAAUCUGAGAUCGAUUAGGAUGCAGGGAGAUGGAGCAUGAUGUUUUAUGGAAAUGAAAUUUUAUACUUCAAAUACAUAGGUGCACCAGUGAACGAUGAGAGGAAUGACGAUGUUUUCGAAAUGAGUGAGCUCAUAGUGAUAGUGAACUUGCGCAGCAUCAAGCACACCCUCUGCCCCCUCACACUCCUGCCCUCAAUGUCAAGAUCCACACAGGAAAACCGGACACGGGGGAGAGCGUAGUGGAUUAAAAUGGUGAACAGCGUGUCAGUGCUUGUCACAUAGACCUGCUCCGCGCACAAUGGACUGCGUCUUCACUCAACAAGGAAGGUUGGUUCAUUCCAAUUCAACUGAGUAUCAGUGCCAUAGCUGCCAUGGAGAGAAAGAACCAUUGCAGCCUGAAUCUCCGUUCUGACACGAGGAUCCAGUUAUACCGUCAGAUGUCAGCCUUCCUAACUACGGUUCCUAGAUCACAGUGAUAGAUUCAAGCGUAUCGGAAUCUGUAGGGGUAGGAAUAUGUGUGCUCUGUGACAGUCGACUUCAUUCCCUCUUCCCUCUCCCGGACACCAGUCCACUGUCAGACAUGGCAAGUCCGCCAGUCAACAUUGGGCGCAGUGACUGACAGAGCUAGACAGUCCGAAAGCGUGUGCCACACAAACACAACCUGGCCAUCCACACAACUCAUCAGGUUUCCACACAAGACUCUGGGCUUCUCGCAUCACACAUGCGUGAGAGCACAAUAGAUGCCACAUUAUAAAGGAUUCUCAUGUCACGAUUGCCAUUUUCGACCGCCGGAAAACGCGCAUAUUGUGCAUCCCGUGUUUCGUCAAGAUUGUCAGUCCGUAUAACCAAAGUCGAGCAAGAGGUUCGGCAAUUUUAUUCCUGGCUCUAUUGAUGCUGCCACCUAUCCUCUCUUAGGCAGUCGUGUGUCUGUAAUGCUAUUCUCCCUAAAUCAUGAUCAUCCGGCGAUCUUAAUGCUAAAAAUAACCAAAUUGUGAGCGAUGGCCUUCGAAAAGCCAGCUUCGCUCAAAACUUUUUCAAAGUGUCUACACCGCUGAACCACCCCUCCAGUCCUGUCCACUGUCACAGCUGGACGCCGCCAAGCCUUGCUGUGGCUCAGUGUGAUCACAUGGGGAAGGAGAAAAAGCGGAAGUGGGCGUGUUUCGCAUAUGUUUAAUUUCAUAAUGCUUGUGGGUAUACAAUGCACUUUAUCUGUGCAGACAAACAGAUUUUCUGGUUUGCCGACUCUGGCGCACGCAACAUAUGUUUGGCCAUGUGAGAAACAAUCCGUUUGCAGAUUCAAACCGCACAGUUCCAGAGACUGACCCUGAGCUUUGCUGAUCCUGAUUGCAAGCGGCAAUCGAAUCAGCAAUCGCGGUCACCUAAAUUGAAAUAACAUAUCAGUUGGAAUGAGUGGAAUACCAUGAAUCAGGACAUGUUCAGCUUUGAGAGGCCCUGCCAAAGCAGUUGCUUCCACAACGUUACCGAAUUAAUUUUUUGCUGCAAGUCGCGUGCCGUUGUAAAGUUUCGACUGGUUGAUAUUACGCAGCAUGGUAGUCAGCACGCCAAUUUUGCAUUUCAGUACGUGCGGCGGCUCCCCUGGCAGAUCACGUGAAUUCAAAAAAUUCUUUUGGAUGAAUAACUGCCUCGUCUGCGUCCACAACAGUGUCAACGGACGUGUACAUGACUGUUUCGCUUUGUAUCUUACACUGAAAAAUAUGAUUAAGAUGGUGCACAUCUUUGUUCUUGGCCGAAAGGAUAGCCCGUUUGCUCAACCAAUCGAGUGGUAUAAUUGGUCUGAAUAUUGGGAAAUACCUUUCCAACCAAGUCUUCUUUUGAGGACACUAAACUUCUGAAAGUAAAGGUAGGGAACUACAUCCUGAAGUCAGAUUAACCGGUACCGUUCCAUUCCAUAAUGCCAGCAAUUAAUGUGUGAGAAUAUCUCAACUCUUCGGGCAUUUUGCAACUGGACUGCAGUUUAUUUUACCGUCUGGACAUGGCACCGACUAUUAGAGUACUUCAGACAGACAGUUACUUCUUUGGCUGUUGUCCGCGCAAAUCUUGCAGUGUUCGAUCAUGGGCCUCGAGCCAUAGUACAUUUAAUCCAAACACGAAGUUUGCAUUUCUGUAGUAUUUUUCCCGUGCCGGAUGUCUUGGAAAUGUUGUACGUGGGUAUAUCGAUGAAUCACACGUGUAACGGCAAUUUCAAAGCAGAAUAAGCAAUUCUUCCGCCGGGUAGCAUGGUUGUAGCUAUUCCGGAGAAUGUAAGUGCUAAGGCUAUGUCAAUUUGGAUCAUACUGCUGGCAAAAUCAGUCUUAUUAGCAACGUUUUUCCAGUCCCUUCUGGCGCAUCGCAGAAGAAGAUUCCUUAAACCCUGUUAUUGACAGUUCGUAAACACGUCAGUUUGGCUUAACUUGAAGAACGCAGUUAAUGUUGUUCCCGGUGGACCUAAGGCAACCCGUUGCACAUUUGCAGCUUUAAGGUAAACACAUCGCCCAUUAUCUAACUGUACUGCAAGUGCACAACACCUGGACUUCGGUCAUGGAUGGGGAAAGAAAGAAUCCGCACACGGCUUUGUUGCUGUUGAUGCAUCUUCCAACCCGAAACUGUGCGAUUUCAUCGAGUUGUACGUCCGCAUCCCUUUCUCUCUUUCCGCAUUGGAGGCUGAAAAGGGUUGUCUCACUGCCUUUAUGCACGUACUUACAAAUGUACCUAAUUCAUUUCCCGGAAUUGCAGUUUUCCACGUUUAUGUGAAAUUGGUUUGCUUCUAAAAGCAACGGCGAAUACGAAACAACCCAGUGGUUACCGACUUGUAUGUCACCAAUUCGCAUUCGUACGGUUGCCAAUUUGCCGACGUCUUCCGCCUCGAGCGUACUCAAAAAUAUGACGUGAACUGUCUGUGUAUGUGGAUGACAAAGUCGUUAGUCUUACAACGUUAGUUGAAUUACCGUCGUUUACAACUGCAUCAUACAAAUGAAUAUAUUCUUAAGAGCGCAGCUCGGUCUGAUUCAAGCGAAUAAACAGCAUGCGUUCUGUUUCGAUUUUCGCAUACAUUUUCAUAACGUAGUGGUGAAACAAUUGACGGCAUUUUAAAAGGGGAUUACGUACAUUUAGUCGAAUCAUAAGUCGGUAGGAAUAGUAGUUCAUUGUGCUGCAAUUCACGCGCGUUUCCUCGUCACUGAGUGGAUUUAUCAUCUUAAAGUUGAAGUAAUAUAUACCGGCGCCAUGCCCAAAAGUAAAUGGAUACUGCAGGGCGGCGUAGCGCCGAUGAGUUUCUGCAACUCUUGUCAUUUGAUCGUUUCGCCAAUGAAGAACAAUAUCACUACGUUGAAAUCGGUCUCCGACCAUGGCGACUGCCACUUCAUCUAUAGUAGGGACAUUGAAUCGUCGUCCAUGUUGUCCAGUAGGCGUCUUCUCUGCAUGAAUGACAAUCGUGUACGUAUCUGAUAGCAUCAUGGUAAUUGCGGUUUGGAACCUACGCAGCAAGUUUGUGUGUUCAUAAAGAAGCUCUUGCAGUUGAGAAAUGAUGAACCGUUUCAUUCCGGUGGAAAUUCCACAGCAUGCAUUCGAUUCGUCAGAUCCUUCAGUAUCUUAGUGUGACAACUCCAACUGGCGGCCAAGACUUGCAAGUCCUUUUGGGGAAGGGGGGAGGUGGUUGGCCUAGCCGCCCAUAUUACAUUUUAUCGGAGGGGGGAGGUGUGUUCAGUUAUGUCUGCGGCGGUGACCGCCACCAGCGGAGUGCACGUGUUUUCCAGAGGGUCACAUGUCUGUCCCAGCGGAUUGCGGUCAAGUUGAGACAGCGACCGCUGGACAAGGAGGGGGGGGGAGGGGGUGGUGGUAACUGCAUCUGGUAGCGGCCGAGAAUCCUAGUGGAAGCGGCGACAGCCCGGUUAUGUGUGUUGUGCGACAAGUUCAAGUGGAGCCCAAGAGUUACAUGUUUUUUUCCCCUAUGUGUGGUUUGCUCUAGCGGCCCGUACUGCAUCGGCAAGGCAGGGGGAGGACAUGGUCAAGUGUCUGCAGCGGGGCGGUGAACGCGGCCGUCGGGGCGCACGUGUGUUCGCGUGGAUGCGGUUCAAGUGGCCGCAGAAGGUGGCGCUGAAACGCUGGAAAAAAGGCCAGUUUUUUACCCAUCACAGGCGGAACAUCGGCAUAAUCAUGAAGGUAAGCAUAAAAACCCGGCCUUGAGAGCGGGUAAGGUUGUGUCAAAAACUAAGCGAAAUUGGCGCAGAACUUUCGGGGAAAAACGCUUCAAUUUUAUAGACAUAGAUUUAUGCAGCUCGUUUUGCCAGUGUUAAAUUAGCUGGAUCUGGCGUAGUUAUCUGGACCCGAUGAGAUCCCAGCUGCACUGCCACGGUCGCUAGCUGAAGAAUUAACAGAGCCACUCUAUAUAAUCUUCCCCAAAAAUCACUCAAAGCUGGCAAACAUCCUGAUACAUGAAAUUUGGCAGAUGUCGCAACCAACCAUAAGGGAGGAUCACGGCUAUACCCCAUUAACUACGGGCAAGUAAGAUUGACAUGCAUUUGCUGUAAGCUGAUGGAGGGGAUAGUUUACAAAAAGUCAUUUAAAUCUUUAGACACACUCCGCUAUCAUGUCAGUCCAUUUGAGCACGUUUUCUGUGAUUAGAGGUCCAGCAACAAAGCCCUUAUUAAAUCGUUCGAACGGCGCUUACGCAAUCGACUUCCAGGAUACUGCAAGUUAUUUGCUGCUUCGUACCCGCUCUCGGGUCCCCUAUCAUCACUUCAGGCUGCUAGUGAAGGCCUACCGCCAACGCAGUGUUAGUGUAAACGUUCCUCAUCCAUGCGCUCUUGUCUUCAAACUCAGGAGGUACACCGGCCACCAUCCGGUUUACAAUUACGCCCCCGAUAGCAGUGUCGAUAAUUAAGUCCACACGCAAUUGGAGGCACGCCCACAUGCAAGAUGGUCUAUUUAAGUCAAAUCGCAGACCGACGGAGUGUGAACCCACAUUGCAACCUACCUGAUCAUGACCAGCCUGUCGUUGCUACUGCUAUUUGCUGUUGCCCACGCUCUCGUGUGCCAGGCGUCACCGGCCUACGAGAUUCUGGAAGCCGAUGACGAGGAGGGUCUGAGUGAGGCUCUGAAAUGGGAAGGACCAGAAGAGCAGGAGGCGGUGCAAGAGCAGGACGAGGAGGAGGAUGAGAAGAGGUCAAGUGAAUUGAAGGCAGAUGCUGAGGAGCUGGAGACUGGGUUGGUUGAAGGUGUUUUGGCUCCUGCGCGCAGUAGACGCGGCAUAAUAUGCGUUCGCGUUUGUUCUCGCAGAAUCUGCAGAGUUGCCUGUAGACGUGUUUAA